AUGGUUGAUAUAGAUAAUAGAAUUCAACAAUUACAAAAGUUAUUAUUACAAGAUGAAAGAAGUGAAGAUAGCAUCAAUAACGAUGAUUCGUCGUCAAAUAGAAUGAUCACAUGGUCGUGGGUUGCCAAACAACUCGUCAAAGUGUUAUUGAAUCAUUCAGAAGGAAUCACAUUCUCAAUCAUUGUAUCUGAAUUGAAAAGAAUAAAAGAAACUGAAAGUAAAGAUUUAAUAUCAAAACAAUUAAAAGAACAAUUUGUAUCACGUGAUAAUCUACCUAGUACUGGUUCAUACUUUCAAAGGAAUGAUAUUCCUUUUGAUAUUAUCAUUGAUAGUAUUGUUAUAUCUACCUCUGAAUUGUCACUAAAACCACAACAACAAAAGAACAAUAGUAAUGACACUGAUAAUAGUCAAAGUCAAUAUAUUUUAAUAUUAUCAAAUCACAAAGACACCAAGAAAACCAUACCUGUAUAUCUUCAUCCAAAAUAUAAUUAUUAUUAUCAAACCUUAAUUAAAGAUGGAACUAGAAUUAAACUUACAGGGAUAAAAGUACAUUUCCCAACAAAUCCACAAGACAAGUUAUUUGGUAAAUUGGUUAUAUUGUCACCAGAGAAUAUGUGUAUAGUUUAUGAUGAUCAGGAACAAGAUUUACCAAUCAAGGUGAUGUGUUCAGACAAUUAUUAUAAUGUUGAUAGAUAUAGGGAUCCAGAUCCUUUAAAAUCAAAACAUUUAGAAGAAGAUACAAAUAUGAUGUUGGAUAAUAAUCAUAGUCAUCAAAAUGAUCAUACAAGUACAACCACAACAACUACUACAACUACUACUAUGACUACUACCAAUCCAUCAUAUUCAUCAUUAUUUAUUUUAAAAGUUGAUUCAAUUGAUGAAAAUGCAGUUAAAGUUACAACAGAAUCAAAAUGGAAUAAUCUGGUACCAUAUGAUAGACAAUCAAUUGAUCCAUUUUUAUUAAAACAAUCAGUAUAUCUAUCGGAUCCAAAUAGUGUUCAAUUCUCUCAACUCGGUUCAAAUCAAUCAAGACAACCAUUAUGUAUUCAACUUGUAUUUUGGGAUAGUUUAUGUCAAACUACAAAGUUGAUCAACCCCAAGGACAUAUUAAUCCUCCAAAACCUAUUUUUUAAUCAACAAAAAAGUGAUUUAAAUAGAAUGGUUUUUGAAUUUACUUUGGAAUCUACAAUUAUUAUUAUUCCAAAUUUAUCAAAAGAAAAUUUAAAUAAUAAUAGAUAUUUUAGUAAAAUUGAACAAUCAAAUUUAGAUAUGAUUUAUUAUAGUAAACAAUUAAAAUUAUUUGAUUUGGUGAUUGGAAUGGUGAAUAUAACAUUGGUGGCAAGGAUUGUACAUGUUGGUAAAAAUACAAAUAUGAGAAUACCAAUUAUAUUAAUGGAUGAUACAGAGGUACCAGUAUUAUUAUUACUCAUCGAUGAAAUGGUUGGAUUAAUUCAAAAUCUUCGUAUUGGACAAUUAUGUUAUUUUGAAAAUCUCUAUCUUUUAGAGAUUGAUGGUAAAAAGAGAUUAUGUACACAUCCAAAUAGUUUUAUUCAACCACUUUCUAGUAUGCAAGGUGUCAUCAAUUCCUAUUUCCUUCAUGGUCCACCUCUCCAAUCAUCAGAGCAACUUGAAACACGUACCAAUACCAUUGUCAAGGCAUCUAUUACAGAGUGUAUACUCUAUGAUGAACUGCCUCUCUAUGCAUAUCACAAACCUUGCAAGAGACUAUUGGCCAAUAGUAAAGUGGCACCUGGACAAUUGGAAUGUGCUCAUUGUCAAAGUAUAGUUCAACCAAUUGAAACCGAAAAAUUAUUUCAUCUUAGUUUUCAACUUGAAUUGGUACUUGACAAAGAUAGGGAUAGAGAUAGGGAUGGAAAGAAAGAAGUUUGUUCAAUCGUAGCAUCUGCAUCACAUCCAAUAUUAAAUAGACAAAUUUUACAAAUUGAUGAAGAAUCAUUUUCAAAAUUAUCUCCAACCUCCAAAUCACAAUGUUUAAACAAAAUUUUAAAUACUUUUUAUUUAUUUUCAAUUUCAACUGUAAAAAUCGAUGGAAUUUCACAAUCAAUAUAA